GCAAAGUAUCGAUGCGUUCGUUCUACACCCGCUAGAAUCAUCGCGCGUAAUUUUUUUUUUUUAUCCGUCGAUCGAAAGUAACGAUGUCAAAGUUAUGCACGUGUCUGUGCAUAAUUUUGUACCUGACUGUAAAAAAUGUUGCCUGUGCGGGAAUAUGUGAACAAGAGAAUAGUCCUGGUGCUGUUGGAAAAGUUCGUCUAAAGAUUUUCAAGGGUAACAGUUCUUUUUCUACGUCCACCGAGGGCGCAUUAAUGAAUCCAGGAAAAAUUGGGGAGGAUAUCACUACGAAUAAAAGCUCCAUUCUCUACAUACACGGAUUUAUGGAGAAUACGGAAUCCGACAAUGUUCAGAUAAUAAUUAAAGCAUAUCUGGAAAAAGGAGACGUGAACGUUAUCCUGGUCGAUUGGGGUGAAAUAGCGAUCGAUCUUAAUUACGUAUACGUCGCCAGUCAAGUCUCUGUGAUAGGAAAGGCAGUUGCAGAAUCUUUGGAAAAACUCGCUAAAUUGAUCGAUUUGAACACAUUGCACGUGAUCGGGCAUUCUUUGGGCGCUCACAUUGCUGGCCACAUCGGAAGAUUCGUGAAUAUCACUCUGAAUCGGAUAACGGGAUUAGAUCCAGCGCUUCCCCUAUUUUAUCCCUCCACGUGUCACAUUAGAUCAAGCGACGCAGAAGCUGUCGUAAUCCUUCACACCGACGGUGGCUUUUAUGGAACACCUAUCGACACGGGGACUAUUGAUUUCUACGCGAACAAGGGAAUCAGUCCUCAGCCAGGUUGCCCUAUAAUCAUUGGAGGAGAAUUGUGCAGUCAUCAAAGAUCCACCAAAAUAUAUGCGGAGUCAUUAAAAAAUCCUAAAUCAUUUCCGGCGCACAAGUGCUUUGAUAAAAUAAUAGAAGCCAGGAAGGACGAGCCGAAAGUUUACUUUGGUGAUUCUACGCCAAAGAACACAUACGGUGCAUACUGUUUCAAUACACACGCGCAAUCCCCAUAUGGUAAAGGGACCUAACGUACAACGCCACUAACAUAAUCACCAUAACCGGAAUAGAAUAAAAAAUAACCUACGCGACAAACAAAAUUCUAUUUGUUUUAAGAAAGGAGGAACAAUUCGAUGAAUCGGAUAUCGAUUAAAGUAAAAGAACCUUCGAAUGAUAAGGAAAACCUAUCGUAACGUGCGUCCAUAAACUAAACUUCGAAUUCGCUUAUUCCAGUUCGUCGGCGGGGAAGAAAACGUUUCAGUCGGUUCGAGGAAUACGCGAGGCGAGGAAAAGAGAGAAAAACGAUGAAAAUCGACGGUUUUGAAACGGGAUUGCCGAUGUGUGUCGACAUCGGGAAGGUAAAAAUACAGGAACGUAUAAGUGGAUAGGUGUGACAUGAUUCGCGAUAGUUCAUAGACAACCCGAGCUUCCAAGCUGCCAGUCGCGAGACGCCCUCCAGUUUAUGUUAAUGGCCGGAGCUCCACUUUUAUACCACCUCGUAAAGCGGAUCGUGGCCGUCACGAUUGGAAAGUAAUCACCUGCGUCUCUUCGCAGCCACCUUAUUGCACGUUCGUACGUGGCGUUUUACACGCCACGACUCUCGGGACGCGAGCGUUGUUGUUCCAAUGCGACUGACAUCGAAAAUGGGACGUUCCGAUCGGUGGAAAUAUUAUAAGAGCCUCUAACGGCUUGGAGAAAUUGAACGAGACCGCGAACGUUUUAUGGAAUAUAAUCCAAAAAUAUACCCGAACAUUUUAUG